GAGUGUGCUUGCUGCGGCGGUGGCGUUGAUGUAGCACGACGAUGUCCAGCUGGAAAAUCGUCGUCCACUUCUGCUCCACCAGCCGCAGCGCAGUCCCAUUCAUCGUCUUCUUCAAAUCAUCAUCAGCAUCGGCAACAUCCAAAGUCUAGUAAACGUUCCUUAUCGUACCAUGCCCCGCCAACUAACCACCCUAGUUGUGACGAUCACGAGUACGAUUACUAUCCAAAAACACAGCGUUCGGCGACAUUUGACGUUGCCGAUGCGCGAGACUAUGAGGUGCGUUUGUUGAAACAACAACAACAACAUCAUCGCUCUAAUGUUGCUGCCACCAUUAAGCAAAGCCAACAAAUAUUGCAACAACAGCAACAUGCUAGCAAUGGUAAUCUAGCAUCAAAUGGAGUGCAGCGACAGCAUCGCAGAGAAAAAACAUUCAAAGUAUGA